AUCUACAACAUGUUGACUUUCAUCAGGUCGUGUAUCGCACCAAUAUGCGGAGCCUCUAUCUCCGAGAAUAUCACACCGCGCUGGAUCUUCUGGUUUAGUUCGAUAUUUGACGUCUUCGUUCAAAUCCUAGCCCUCAUUAUCCUUAGCGAGAUCUUCGCACAGACGACCUCAGCCAGAAAAGCAGAAAGUUAA